AAUUAAUCACUACGCCUCGUCAAAAUGAAAAAACUAAGACACCGUGACCUCAGGUCCUCAAAACCCCUCCCUCCAAAAAUCUCCACCAUCCCCACCACCACCACCACCCCUUCUAUCAAACUAAUAAUUACCACCUAAACGCCUUAAUCCCUUACCAAAGUCCUCUCUCUCUCUCUCUCCAGUACACACGCUUCUGAGUUCUCGCCCUCUGCGCUCCAUUUAAACCCCUUCAACCACUUUCCUUUUUCUCACUCACCACCUGCACCACCAUCCCUCCUUCUUCUCCUCCUCCUCCUCCUCCUCCUAUCUUGCACCACUCUCAUAUAGCAAAGUCCUCGUCCUUACCUUGCCUCCUCCUUAAAGCUAGCCCUCAAAUGGGUAGUCUUGACACCAACUUCGCGGAGCCUCUCGGAGAGUUUAAGCCCUUGGAUCCCGAAGAAUUCCGCAAGCAUGCCCAUCAAAUGGUGGACUUCAUUGCCGACUAUUACAAGAACAUCGAGACUUACCCCGUUCUCAGCCAGGCCCAGCCCGGCUACCUUCGCUCUCGCCUCCCCGACGCCGCCCCCUACCGCCCCGAACCCCUAGAUGCCAUCCUCAAGGACGUCAAAAAACACAUAAUCCCCGGCAUCACCCACUGGCUCAGCCCUAACUUCUUCGCCUUCUUCCCCGCCACCGUCAGCUCCGCCGCAUUCCUCGGCGAGAUGCUCUGCACCUCCUUCAACUCCGUCGGUUUCAACUGGCUCGCCUCCCCGGCCGCCACCGAGCUCGAGAUGGUCGUCAUGGACUGGCUCGCCAACAUGCUCAAGCUUCCCAAGUCCUUCAUGUUUUCCGGCACCGGCGGCGGCGUCAUGCAGGGGACCACCAGCGAAGCUGUUCUCUGCACCCUCAUUGCCGCCAGGGACCGCGCUCUAGACGUCAUAGGCGCCGAGGGCAUAGGCAAGCUUGUUGUCUAUGGCUCUGAUCAGACUCAUUCCACGUACAUGAAGGCAUGCAAGCUCGCCGGCAUACUCCCGCGAAACAUACGAUCACUCCCCGCAACGGCUGACACGGGCUUCGCUCUUUCCCCCGUGCUCCUACGUAAGGCGAUGGAUGCUGACGUGGCAGACGGCUUGGUCCCACUCUAUCUUUGUGUGACGGUGGGGACGACUUCGACCACCGCCGUUGAUCCUGUCGAGCGGCUUGCCGACGUGGCGAGCGAUUAUGGCGUCUGGACUCACGUCGACGCGGCUUACGGUGGGAGUGCAUGUAUUUGUCCGGAAUUUCGGCACUAUUUGGACGGGAUCGAACGAGUUGACUCACUGAGUUUGAGCCCACACAAGUGGCUACUCAGUUACUUGGAUUGCUGCUGCUUAUGGGUCAAAAGACCCGAUUUGCUCAUUAAAGCGCUGAGCACUAACCCGGAGUACUUGAGGAACAAACCCAGUGAGUCGAACUCGGUGGUGGACUACAAGGACUGGCAAGUGGGCACGGGUCGGCGGUUCAAGGCGCUCCGCCUGUGGCUCAUACUACGCAGCUACGGCAUAGCAAAUCUUCAGAGCCACAUCCGAUCGGACGUUCGAAUGGCCAAGAUGUUCGAGGGGUUCGUAAAAUCCGACCCGCAGUUCGAAGUCGUCGUGCCCAGGCUGUUUUCCUUAGUUUGUUUCCGGUUCAACCCGUUUCCUAGAUCGGACCCGGACUGCACGGAGUUGUUGAACCGGAAGCUCCUGGAGCGGGUGAACUCAACGGGGCGAGUUUACAUGACCCACACGAUUGUGGGUGGCGUGUACAUGCUGAGGUGUGCAGUGGGGGCCACGCUGACGGAAGAGCGACACAUCAUCGGCGCGUGGAGGCUGAUUAAGCAGGGAGCGGACACGCUGCUGGCGGAAUAUAAUCUCCAGCGUCGAGUCUGAACGGCUGUGGCUCGGGAUUGUGACUCUGUGAGUGAUACAUAGUAUGGCUUUUUGGGAAUUGGUUGAUAAAAGUUGGACAAAGUCGUCCAAUAAUUUGUGCAUGUGCUUCUCGUUUCAUUUCUCAUUUAAAACAAAAAUCUAUUGUUUUUCCUUUUAUGUAUCGUGUUUAUUGCUCCAUUUAAUUCAACAUAAAGACCUCUCAGAGUGUUAGUUGCUCGUCGAAUUUAAUUCGUGGGUUCAAUUUUCACUAUUCACCUACCUACUUUUAAGUGUUGUAUAAACUUAAUUCAAAUAUAUAGAAUAUAUAUUUUAUAGUUAA